AUGGCCGACGAACAACCCCCCACCCCCGCCGAGCUCGCCCGCCGCGACGAAGAAGAAUCCGCCCGCAAAGCCCGCGAAGCCGCCGAACAAGCCCAGCUGCCUUACAAAUGGACCCAAACGAUCCGCGACGUGGAGGUGACGAUCCCCGUAGCAUCGAACAUCCGCGGCCGGGAUUUGGAUGUAGUUCUCACGAAGACGAAAAUUCGCGUUGCGAUUAAGGGACAGGAGGCUUUUAUUGACGGUGAAUUUCCCCACCCCGUCAUCCCCGACGAAUGCUCCUGGACCCUCGAAUCGACAUCCAAACCGCCCGGCAAGGAAAUCUCGAUUCACCUGGACAAGGUGAACAAGGUGGAGUGGUGGGCGCAUGUUGUGACGAGUGCGCCGAAGAUCGACGUUACGAAGAUUACGCCGGAGAAUUCGUCGUUGAGUGAGUUGGAUGGCGAGACGAGGGCGAUGGUCGAGAAGAUGAUGUAUGAUCAGAGGCAGAAGGAGAUGGGUGGGUUGACAAGUGAUGAGCAGAAGAAGAGGGAUAUUCUGAAGAAGUUUCAGGAGGAACAUCCUGAGAUGGAUUUCUCGAAUGCGCAGAUUGGUUAG